UUUUUGAAUUUUUUUGAGAUCUGAAGUACAUCAUACCAGUCAGCUGCGACACAACAACAUCAACGAAACUGAAGGGACAGUGUUUUAGAGGGUCGAUAUUAACUGAAUUUGUCAAUUAAGCUUAAGAGGGGUUACUUCGGAUUUUACAUACCUACGUCUGAUUUUACAAGAAGAUAUAAAUUUAAAUUUAAAAUCAAGCAAAAAUGGUGUUCAGCUGCGAGGCACUCAAGAAGAAAAUCACCAAAGAGUUAAACGCAUCUCACGUGGUGUCGUCGUCUCGGCGCUCCGAGAGCAGCAGCCUGCGCGGCUUCACGCUGCUGGUGGUGGCGGUGGGCCUGGUGGUGCGGUGGGCCGUGGCCGUGGGCCCGCACUCAGGGCAGGGCCGGCCGCCCAUGUUCGGCGACUACGAGGCGCAGCGCCACUGGCAGGAAGUGACGCUGGAGCUGCCGCUGCGCCAGUGGUACGCCAACUCGAGUCGCAACGACCUCGGCUACUGGGGCCUCGACUACCCGCCGCUCACCGCCUACCACAGCUGGGCCUUGGGCCACGCGGCCCGGGCCCUCGACCCAGCCUUCGUCGCACCGCACCACUCAAGGGGCGUUGAGCACGACGUGCACCGCCUCUUCAUGCGCGCCUCUGUCCUCGUCGCAGAGCUCGCGGUCUACCUUCCGCCCUUGCUCCUCUACACCAGGGACCUCAAGACGAAUCCAGUGUUGGCCGUUUUGUACCCCGGCCUGAUUUUGAUCGACCACGGCCACUUCCAAUACAACUGCAUCUCGCUUGGGCUCACCCUGGCGGCCGUGGUGGCACUGAAACGGCGCCGCCUCGCCCUGGGCAGCGUCUUCUUCAGCUUGGCCAUCAACUAUAAGCAGAUGAGCCUCUACCACUCACUGCCCUUUUUCUGCUACCUGCUUGGCGUGUGCCUCAGACAGCCCACCUGGGCAGCUGCGCUCUCGAAGCUUGUUAAAAUCGCUCUGGCCGUGGUGCUCACCUUUGCGUUUGUGUGGGCCCCCUUCCUCUACCCUAAUCCAGCUGAUGUGCUGCAGGUGCUGCAUCGGAUUUUCCCGGUGGCGCGCGGCCUGUACGAGGACAAAGUGGCCUCCUCCUGGUGCGCCAUCUCAGUCGUGGUGAAGGUGCAGAACGUGCUGCCCCGCACCUGGCUGACUCUGCUGUGUCUGGUGACCACGCUGGGCGUGGUGCUGCCGUCCAACCUGCUGCUGCUGCGCCAGCCCAACAACAAAAACCUGCUGCUCAGUCUGUUCAUCUCAUCGCUUGGCUUCUUCCUCUUCUCUUACCACGUGCACGAAAAGUCCAUCCUGCUGCCGGCGACAGCUGCCAUCCUGCUGCUGCCGCACCACCUGGUCUCCGCUACCUGGUUCCUCGCCAUCUCCACCUACUCGCUGCUUCCGCUGAUGGUCAAGGACAAGAUGGUGGUCCAGUGGGCGGCGUUGCUCGUCCUUUUUGUCGCGGUUGCCGCCAAAAUGAUGCCACCGGCCAACUCUGCCUUUCUCCGCACGGCCAGGAAGAUCUCCCUUGGUGGCAGCAUUUUUCUAGUCCUGGCCCAAGCCGUAGUUACGCCACCGCAGCGCUAUCCAGACAUCUUUCCGCUGCUCAACUCGAUCUUCAGCUGUGCGCACUUUUUGGGAUUCCUCAUCUACGCCUACUGGGUGCAGUUUAGAACUGAGAGCAAACAACAUGCCAACUAAAAUGGAAAAAAAAGAUCUUCACAACUAAUUUUCGUUAAGGAAAAUUGUUUUAUUUUCGAUCUUCUGACAGAAAAAACACAAGGGCUGUUUCUGUUUUAAAAUUGUAGCCGAUUUUAAAGUUGAAUUUGAAUACAUUUAGAUGUUGUAGAAAAAUAUGUUUUUAUGCCUACUUUACUGCACUAAAGGGAUUUAUUUGUAAAACAAAGUUGGUGAGAUGAUGUUUGAAAGUUUGAGAUUUCAAUGCUGUGUUGCAAAGAUCUCUAAUAAAAACUAAUACUGACUAAAA